UACUUUCUGGAGUAUACACUCACCGCUAGUGAUGUUUUCAUAUUUCUAGCAACUUUGCGUAUUCUUCAGGAGCCAAUUAGGCUAAUCCCAGACGUCUUUGGAGCUUUUAUUGAAGCCAAGGUUUCAUUCUCUCGGAUUGUGAAGUUCCUUGAUGCACCAGAAUUGGAGAACAGACAUAGAAAAGACAGCUGCGGCAAGGAGGCUGACAUGCCAUUUUCAUUAGAGCCUCUGAAAUUUCAUGGGAUACAAAUGCUACCAAGGCUACACUGAGGAAAAUAAAUUUAGUGGUUAAGCAAGGAGAAAAAGUAGCUAUUUGUGGAGAGGUUGGUUCGGGAAAAUCAACCCUUUUAGCUGCAAUUCUUGGAGAGGUUCCACGCAUCAAUGGCAUUGUACAAGUAUAUGGCACGAUAUCAUAUGUCUCAAUCUGCAUGGAUCCAAACAGGAACCAUACAAGAUAAUAUUUUGUUUCGGACUCCCAUGGAUCCCGUUAGAUACAAAGAAACUCUUAGGAUGUGUUCUCUCGUUAAGGACCUUGACAUUCUUCCAUUCGGAGAUUUAACUCAGAUAGGAGAAAGGGGUGUCAACCUAAGUGGUGGCCAGAAGCAGCGUAUUCAACUUGCAUGUGCAUUGUAUCAAAAUGCUGAAGUCUACCUAUUGGAUGAUCCUUUCAGUGCUGUUGAUGCUCAUACCACAAGCCUUUUCAAUGAAUAUGUCAUGGGAGCGGCAGAGAAGACAGUUUUGCUUGUUACAGACCAAGUCGACUUCCUUCUGGCUUUUAAUUCAAUAUUGUUCAUGGAUUGGGGAAAAAUUUCAAGAGCAGCUCCUUAUGACGAGUCACUGGCUUCUUCUCAACAGUUCCAAGACCUUGUCAAUGCACACAAUGACACUGGUUGUUCUGACAGGCAAGUUGAAUAUCCUUUUACUAGGAAACAAAAUUUGGCUGCAGAAAAGAUUGAGAAAGAAAGAACUGAAGUAGAGCUUAAAGAAUCUUCAGGAGAUCAAUUGAUCAAGAACGAAAAGAGAGAAACAGGAGACACUGGGUUCAAGCCAUACAUUCAGUAUUUGAAGCAUAGCAAGGGCUUUAUACACUUCUCCUUAUCAGUUCUUUUCUAGUUUAUGUUCAUUGUUGGGCAAUUAAUUCAGAAUUAUUGGUUGGUUUUGAAUCUUCAGGAUUAUAGCGUGUCCAGAGUCAAACUCUUCACAGUUUAUUCUGUGAUCUUCUGUAUUAUGUCAUUGUUUUUGCUUCCUCGCUCUUUUAUGAUAGUCAAUUUAGGAUGUGGAGCUUCAGAAUCUAUUUUCUCUGCAUUACUGAACUCUCUUUUCCGAGCUCCAAUGAUGUUCUAUGAUUCAACACCUGUGGGGAGGAUACUUAGUCGGGUAUCUACUGAUAUGAAUAUCAUCGACCUUGAAGUAAGUUUAAAGUUAGCAUUUUCUGCUGGGGUGAUUGUUAGCGCUUCCAGCAUAUUUUUGGUAUUGGUUGUUCUUGCUUGGCCACUCAUAUUUCUGAUUGCACCUACAAUUUAUCUUACUCAUCUGUUUCAGAAUUACUACUUAGCUUCUGCAAAGGAGUUGAUGCGAAUGAAUGGCACGGCUAAAUCUGCAAUUGCAAGCCAACUUUCUGAAUCUAUCGCUGGAGCCAUGACAAUCAGAGCCUUUGGACAGGAGAAACGACCCUACUCAAAAAACUUGGAACUUAUUGAUGCAAAUUCUAGUGGCUUCAAUAGUUUCUCAACAAAUGAGUGGUUAACUGAACGUCUGGAAUUGCUGUGUGCUAUCAUUCUCUCAGCCUCAGCCAUCGUCAUUACUUGGAUUGAUGCUUCUUCCUCUGGAUUUUUUGGGAUAUCUUAUGGUCUCUCAUUGAAUUAUUAUGUAUAUCUAGUACCUUCUGUCCAAAUACAGUGCAUGAUAGGAAACUCAAUCGUUUCUGUUGAAAGGGUAGAACAAUACAUGCAUAUUACCAGUGAAUCUGCAGAAGUAAUAGAAGACAACCGACCUGCACACAAUUGGCCUGUUGUUGGCAAAGUGGAAAUAUGUGACCUAAAGGUAAGAUAUAGGCCAAAUUCUCUGGUUUUUCGUGGGAUCAAUUGCAUUAUUGAGGGAGGGCACCAAGUUGGUAUCGUUGGCCAAACUGGAAGUGGGAAGACAACUCAUAUCAGCGUUUUGUUUCGUCUGGUAGAGCCUACAGAGGGAAACGUUAUUGUUGAUGACUAUGACAUAGCAUUAUGCACCAUUGGUAUUCAUGAUUUAAGAUCAUGUCUGGGGAUAAUCCCACAAGAGCCAAUCUUAUUUGGUGGCUCUGUGAGAUUCAACCUUGACCCUUUAUCAGAACAUACUGAUCUUGAAAUAAGGGAGGUAAAGGUUCUUGAAAAAUGCCAGUUGCGAGAGGCCAUUCAAGAAAAGGAAGAGGGCCUGUAUUCCUUUGUUGUGCAAGAUGGAACAAACUGGAGCACGGGACAGAGUCAACUAUUCUGUUUAGGACAUGCUUUACUCAAGAGGAGCCGAAUACUUGUGCUUGAUGAAGCCACUGCAUCAAUGGACAAUGCAACAGACUUUAUUCUCCAGAAAACUAUAAGAAAGGAAUUUGCAGACUGCACUGUAAUAACAGUGGCCCAUAGGAUACCAACCGUGAUGGACUGCACUAAGGUUCUUGCUAUAAGUGACGGACUAUUAGUAGAGUGUGAUGAGCCAACAAAGCUGAUAAACAAUGAGGGUUCACUGUUUGGGCAGCUUGUCAAAGAAUACUGGUCUCGUUCUACCAAUGCCAUUAUCCAUUCAGAAGAUUGA